UUUGGCUAAACACCGCACGCGGAUGUCAGCGUCGAUUCGUUAUUAUUAAACAUUGCAUAUCAGACCGCAAACCUAUAAUCGCUAAAUUGACAUUUAAGUGUUUGCAAACAUUGUGGAUUUCCGUCGAACAAUGACAUUUUCCAAUCUGGGAAUAUUAUUAAUCGUCUCCUGCUGCAUUAUUUAUUCGCACUCCAGUAUUCCAGGACAAUGUGGUGGCGAAAUCGAUAUUCUUCCGGGUCGCAAUUACACCUUCCAAACUCCGGGUUAUCCGGCACAGCUUGCGCCAAAUUUGAGAUGCGACUGGAUACUUUACACUCCAGAAGGUUAUGAUGUGGAAUUUUUAGGUGGAGAAUUUGAGGUCGACUACACUAACUACUUUCCAAACAUAUUUUCUCGUUCAGCGGAUUAUCUAUAUUUAUCACUCGAUCCACCUGUGCCGACAAAUUCUACUAGAUUCGCUUCUUUGGCAUCCGGUGCGCAGUAUGUCGGAAAUAAGGCCCCGGAAGGGGUUCUCUUCCCGAACACAAACAAGCUGCACGCAACCUUUAUUACUAACGACGACAACAAUCACCAUUUCGGCUUCAGAAUUGCCAUUCGAGCUGUGAGUCAACCGGCUCCAUCAGCUUCAUGCAACAGAAAUCUUACGAUUGGUAGCGAUGGAGCAAUAAUCCAGUAUGAAAGAAAAAAUCCACGGGAAACAUUCUGCCAGUGGAACAUCUUUAUACCGCAAGGCGCACAAACUCUGCUGCGAGUUGAGAAUUUACACCUACCUAUUUACCUACCCGAGCCGUUGCCUUAUAACGAUGACCGUCGGGAAUAUGUCGUCUGCGAAGAGGAAUAUCUUGAAAUACAAGAGAAAGACUAUGGCAUCGUCGAAUCUUCUCUUGCACAUAAUGCCGGCACCUAAUCCUGCGCGACGAUCGUCUCUGUUUCAACAAGAACCAUCAAAAUCGCACUUAUAUUCUAUACAGCCAAAAUUUCACUUUGACCUUUCGUUCACAUCCUAAUGCAGCUGAUCGCGGGUUCCGUUUGGCGUUGGAACCCUACAACGUUUGCGCUACUGUAUUUUCCGAACCAGAUUUUAACGGAAUGGUUUUAAAUAUUGUGGAAGAUUCCGCUCAGAAGCAAGGUGUGCGUCAGAAAGACAUCCCCAAAAUCCGCUCCCUUAAGCUGCAGCAAUCCUGCAUGCUGUACUAUAUAUCCGAAAACUCACGGUCGAGUAUGGCUAAUUCAACAACCAACAACUUGAUUCUUCCGCCCGUUCGUCUUAUAUUCUGUCACAAUUUUCCUGCAUUUGCCCAAAUCAGGAAGUUAAACCAGACGACAAAAACUAUUUUACCUGGCUAUGGAUCACGUUGACCUUUGCCUCAGUGGCAGUUGGUCUGACUGCCGGCCUUGUCUUCGCAUAUGCCAGAAAACGUCAGCAGCAG